AUGAAGAAACACAACCUCACAGCUGUGCAUGAGUUCAUUCUGAGAGGCAUCACAUCACGCCCUGAGCUGCAGGCUCCACUGUUUGGGCUCUUCCUCAUCAUCUACAUGAGCACACUGGUGGGAAACUUGGGCAUGCUUAUCCUCACCAUGGUGGACCACAGCCUGCAAACACCUAUGUACUUUUUCCUGAGACACCUGACUCUCAGUGACCUUGGUUAUUCUACAGCUGUGGGUCCCAAAAUGUUGGCCAAUUUUGUGGUGGAUCAAAACGUGAUCUCCUAUUAUUUUUGUGCUACUCAGCUAGCUUUCUUUUGUGUGUUCAUUACUUCUGAACUUUAUAUGUUGUCAGUGAUGGCCUACGACCGCUAUGUGGCCAUCUGUAACCCUCUCCUCUACACUGUCAUCAUGUCACAGAGGGUGUGUCAGUUCUUGGUGGCAAUCUCCUAUCUCUAUGGUACAUUUGUGUCACUUCUAAUCACGAUAAAGAUUUUUACUUUGCCCUUCUGUGGAUACAAUGUUAUCAGUCAUUUCUACUGUGACAGCCUCUCCUUGUUAUCUUUGCUCUGCUCAAACACACAUGAAAUUGAAGUGAUAAUUCUGAUCUUAGCAGCUUUCAGUUUGCUUUCCUCUCUUCUGAUCGUCCUUGUGUCCUACCUGCUCAUCCUCAUAGCCAUUCUCAGGAUGAAGUCUACUGAGGGCAGGCACAAAGCUUUCUCCACCUGUGGAUCCCACCUGACUGUGGUCACUGUGUUCUAUGGGACUUUGAUAUUUAUGUACGUACAGCCCAAGUCCAGUCAUUCCUUAGACACUGAUAAAGUGGCUUCCAUAUUUUACACCCUGGUCAUUCCCAUGUUGAAUCCCUUGAUCUACAGCUUGAGGAACAAAGAUGUAAAGUAUGCCCUACUAAGCACAUGGAAAAAAGUACACAAUAUCUUUACUUAUAACGGUAUAUAA